AUGGCCCAACAACAAAACGACGACAAUGUGAUGCGGCGGAAACUGGUAAUCAUUGGCGACGGUGCAUGUGGAAAAACCAGUCUGCUGAGCGUCUUCACCCUCGGUUACUUUCCCACUGUACCGACGGUAUUUGAAAACUACGUGACCGAUUGCCGAGUAGAUGGCCGCUCGGUGCAAUUGGCUCUAUGGGAUACAGCUGGACAAGAAGAUUAUGAGCGGUUGCGACCUUUGGCAUACUCGAAAGCACACGUCCUCCUCAUCGGAUUCUCUGUAGACUCGCCGGAUUCUCUAGAGAACGUCAAACAUAAGUGGAUUGAAGAAGCCAACGAGCGGUGUCCGGGCGUGCCAAUCAUUCUGGUCGGUCUGAAGAAAGAUCUCCGCGAAGAUCCACUUGCUAUUGAAGAAAUGCGCAAGAAGUCACUCAAGUUCGUGACAGCCAAAGAAGGCAAUGACACGGGAUCCCAGAUCUGUGCUCGCAAAUAUCUCGAGUGCUCGUCCUUGACGGGCGAAGGUGUUGACGAUGUUUUCGAAGCAGCCACCCGAGCCGCGCUGCUGACCUUCGACAAGCGGAAAAGCUCCUGCUGCGUGGUUCUAUAA